AUAAUCUCCGCUCCCAGACUACUCCGUUCCUCCGGAUUUCGAUCCCCCUUUUUCUAUCUGUCAAUCAGCGCCGCCUUUGAACUGAAAAGCUCUCAGUCUAACUUCAACUCUCUCAAAUCCGAGCGGCACGAGCUCCUCCUGUAUCUUCGGCUUCCCCCCCCCUUUGCUCUUUAUAUCUGACUUCUUGUUGUUGUUGGUGUUUUUUUUUUUUACCCCCCUUUUUUUUAUUUAUUAUUUUUUUGCACAUUGAUCGGAUCCUUGGGAACGAGAGAAAAAAGAGACCCAAACUCACGCGUGCAGAAGAUCUCCCCCCCUUCCCCUCCCCUCCUCCCUCUUUUCCCCUCCCCAGGAGAAAAAGACCCCAAAGCAGGAAAAAAAAAAAGUUCACCUUGGACUCGUCCUUUUCUUGCAAUAUUUUUUUGGGGGGGGAGGGAAAGCGAAAACUUUUUUUUUUUGAGGGGGUGAUUUUUUUUUUUUUUGGCUUUUCUUCCUCGUUUCAUUUUUCUUCCAAAAUUGCUGCUGGUGGGUGAAAAAAAAUGCCGCAGCUGAACGGCGGUGGAGGAGACGACCUAGGCGCUAACGACGAACUGAUUUCCUUCAAAGACGAGGGCGAGCAGGAGGAGAAGAGCUCGGAAAACUCGUCGGCAGAGAGGGAUUUAGCGGAUGUCAAGUCGUCUUUAGUCAAUGAAUCAGAAACGAAUCAGAACAGCUCCUCCGAUUCCGAGGCGGAAAGACGGCCUCCGCCACGCUCCGAAAGUUUCCGAGAUAAAUCCCGGGAAAGUUUGGAAGAAGCGGCCAAGAGGCAAGAUGGAGGGCUCUUUAAGGGGCCACCGUAUCCCGGCUACCCCUUCAUCAUGAUCCCCGACCUGACGAGCCCCUACCUCCCCAACGGAUCGCUCUCGCCCACCGCCCGAACCUACCUGCAGAUGAAAUGGCCAUUGCUUGAUGUCCAGGCAGGGGGCCUGCAGAGCAGACAGGCCCUCAAGGACGCCCGCUCGCCGUCUCCUGCUCACAUCGUUGUAAGUAACCUCCCUGAGACCUGGCUGCCUGGGCUGGGAGGAAUGGGAUAGUGGAUUAGCCACUCCUUGGAAGACUUCAAGCCUUGUCUGUUAGUUUUCUUUUCCUUUAAUAGUUGUUUUUGGAAUCCUUGUGAAUGUGGUAUAUAUAUCUUAAAGAGACUCGUUUUCUGUUUUUGGAUCUUGGCAAUUGUAGACCACCUGGGAAUUUUAUGAACUUUCCUCCUAGCCUUUUGUCCAUGGUGUUGCUUUAGAAUCUAGCGCUGCGGGCUCCAGUUAGUGGGACACAAUCGGUGUGCUUUGGAACGGACUAAAAAUGUUGUCACAGGCAACAUCGACAAGCGUGGGUAGGGGAGAUGAGCUAGAGAUCUGAGAAGCCCCCUGGUCUUGAGGAGUCCCCAUCCCCUGAUCCAUGGCACCCUCCUGUAUCUGCUGAAAAGUUACAUUCUACACCAGUGUUGGAAAACUUGAUUUGGGCUGGCUGAUUGUAAUCCAAGAGUAGAAAUGAACAUGGGCUGAAAUUAAGUUGACUGUGUAUGUCUGUGUUUUUGAAAGUGUGUUGACAUAAAGAACAUUUGUUUUCAUUACUAAGAGAAUACAGCAUAAAAUGUGUGUCUGCAUAUAUUUUUAAUGUACUUUCUUGGGAUUUUGUAGGCUCUUAAAGCAGAAUUUAUAAAUUAACCUCUUGAGAAGUUAGCCCCAUGUUGUUAGAAGAUUCUCUUGCAUGUAUUUGUAUCAUGAGCUGGACUUCAUACUUUUGAAAUUAUUAAUGGGAGGCGUAUUUUUAUAAUGAAUUCAUGACAGGUAGAAUUAUGCAAAACAGGAAACAAAUUCAUGUAUUUUUAAUUUAAGUAUCAUAAAAUGUUA